CAUGGACGGGACUCACUUCAGUCUGAGGACGUCGUCCAGCUUUCUACUUCUUCUCAUUUUCCUCCAUUCGUCCACCGCAGAAAUCUGUUCUACUCCUAUAUUGGUAAACAUUGCAGAAAACAAUGAAGUUGGGGUAGUCGUGUCGACGAUACAUCUCGAACCAGGGGUGACUGUUAAUUUUACGGCCGAUGGAAACCCGGACAACAUGUUCAGAAUCGUAGGAAAUACGAUGGAAGCUGCAAAGGUGUUGGACUUUGAGGAUAAACAAGUUCACGCGGUCUCGAUCAUCUGCACCGAAACAGCCACAGCCUCCAAGUUGGAAUUGCCCAUCGUAGUAUCUGUGGACAAUCUGAAUGAUAACGCUCCAGUCUUUGAGCAGAACCCAUACCACGCCACUGUAAAUGAGCUGUCUCCUAGUGGCACAACCGUGGGCCGAUUUGCUGCCACUGAUUUAGACGGUGGACCGCUGUACUACACACUGAUGCCUGAAUCUAGCGGCUUUGCUCUGAAGGCGCCAACAAACCCGGAUCUCCUCGUUGUGACACCUGUCGACUUUGACAAAGUUAAAAGUGUCCAACUGAUACUAAUCGUUCAGGACGCUCCAUUGACAGCAGCCAAUAGCAGGGCCCCGUUCAGCGCCACCACCACCAUCAUGGUCUACAUCGUGGACGUGGACAACCGGCCCCCCUGGUUCCAGCCCUGCAGCCGCUACGAGGUGGGGGGGGCGGUGGUCUGCCAGAGCAACGGAUACACCAGCAGGGUGGUGCUGAACGAACAGGAGGCCGAAGUAUUGUCCCUGGAUCCCGGGCCGCUGUACGCCAUCGACGGAGAUCUAGGACUCGACGAGGAGAUCACCUACUCGUUCCUGGGCGGGGACGGAGGCGGGCUGUUUCAGAUCAACCCGAGCACUGGGAACAUCAGCAUGCUGAAGCCCGUGGACGUGCUGGGGACCAUCAGUCUGACCGUUCUGGCCGCUCAGAGCACCAACCUGUUCCAGUCCUCCUCCACCUCCCUCAGCAUCAGAGUCCAGGUGAAGAGCCUCCACCCCCCUCAGCUCCAGAGGAGUCAGUACAGAGGCGUCGUGUCCACGGUAGGCUCGAUGGCGAUAGACCCGGAGAACAAGGACCAGCCGCUGAGGUUCCUCGCCACGGACCAGGACUACAACGCCACCGGGGGUAUAAACCCCCACAUCACCUACAGCGUUAAAGGCAGCAGUGAUUUCUCCAUCAUCGACGGAUAUUUAUUCAUGACGAAGGAUCUCCCAGAGGGCACGUUGUCUCUGCAGGUGGUGGCGGUGGACUCCACUAACGAGGAGUCAGACACCGCUCAGCUCUCAGUGCAGGUGACGUCAGGUCUCACCACCACCAGUCUGCCUGACAGCACCACAGACAGGCUGACCACGGCCCUACAGGAGACCACUGAAGAAACUACCUCCACCCCGAACCCCACCGACAGCAGCCUCUCACCCUCCGUCUCAGACCCCACCAGCUCAGACAGCCUCCCCACAGAAAGCACCGCUCACCCCCCGACAGUCAUCGUGCCGGGGGGGGGGUUUGGCGCGGUGGACAUGGCGGCGCUCGGUGCCUCGCUCGGCGUCCUGCUGUUCGUCUGCCUCGUGGUCAUCGUGGUUCUAGCUGUACGCGUUCGGAGGGGGAAGGCCGACUGGAGGAAGAUCGCCGAAGCCAGCCUCUUCCAAAGCUCUCUGGGGCAAAAGGGUCAGAAGGAGGGCAUCCAGUACACCAACGAGGCCUUCCAGAAAGACGAAGAUGAAGAUGGAGGCAGCACUGGAGGUGGAGGUGGAUUGGCGGCUAGAGGAUCUCCACAAUAUGAGGAAAUCUUGAAGCCUUCGGUGGCGCUUAACGUCCUGCGAGACGACACUAGUGAGGCGGGAUCGGACAAAACGGACAACGAGAAGGAGGUGAAACCCAUCCUGACAAAAGAGAGGCGUCUGGACGAAGGGUACAAAUCCGUGUGGUUCAAGGAGGACGUCGACCCCGACGCCAAAGAGGAGGUGGUCAUCAUCCCCGACAGCAGAGAGGACGACAGCGAGGAGGAAGAGCAGGAGGAGGAAGAGAAAAUGAAAACUCCCAGAGUGAUGUUCGACGAUGCAGAUCUGGACAGUGGGCUCGGGGUGAAGAUGGAGGAUCCAGGAGAAGAUUCAGAGGAUGACGAAGAGCUGACCGUUGAUCUGUGAGAGGAAACCACGCAGCAGGAAACACCCAUGAUACAUUUAAUUAGGGUUUAUCAGCAGUCGUGUAAUCUUAUCAAUCCAUUACCUGGCAACUGCGACACAGGAGCAGGACUCAAACACAGCGAUUGGAUAAAAAAAAACAAGGAAAUUAAUGAAUUCAAUUCAUAAGACCUGAGAGGUUUAGAUUUGAGGUAAAAUGUUAGUUUUAUAGCUUUUUGUAAAUAUUGAAUGUGUCAUAAUUAAAUAAGUUUAAGCUUAUUAACAAUAUUAUUUCCAGAUUUAAAAGCAUUGAGAUAAUUUCCACGUAGUAGUUCUUAAAAAAAACACACAAAAAACAACUUGUAUUUUAUGGUAGAGCACUUACAACUACAGAAACUCAUAACUAUUGGAUAGAUCUGAAUAUUGAAAAGAUUUAAGGCAAAUGUAAACACUUUUUGUAAAUACUUCACGAGUCAUAAUUAAUGUAGUGUAACCUGAUUAAAAAGGCAUUAUUCUGCUUUUUUGGGCUUUCCUGUAGUUUGUUAUACAGGUUUUAGACAGAGGGUGAAAAGAGGGGCUGCAGCACAGGCAGUAUGAGGAAAAAUACAGAGCUUUUUGAACAUUAAAGCAUGGAGACAUGUCACA